AUGUCAUACAAUCUGUCUGGUCUGCGCUCACCCAAGGGAACCAUCCCGGCCUGUCAGCGUUCAGAACGCUUCUGCCACCUACUGAGGGAAAGGUCUGGGACCAGGCUUUCGCAGAGUGCCAUCGUGUUGCCACAAGAAGCCCUACUCCCCUCUAUGAAGUCGGCCAACCACAGGUCCAGGUGGAACCCCUCCCAGGGGGCAGCUCAGAGUGAGGUUCCCCAGCGUCAGGCACUAGCCCAAGUUACUGAGGUCUCCACAUCAGACAUUAAAGGGGAACAAGAGCUGGUGCUAGAUUGCAUUGAACCAGACGUGGUGGAAGUGGGGGUUAGGAGAGUGGGGGUAGAAGACGAGGAAGAGCCCCAUCCAGUCGUGUCCUUACAGGGAGAGGGCCUGACAGGGGAACAGCAGAAAAAAAUGAACAGUCUUUUGGAUCGGUGGAGGAGCGUGUUUUCCCAACACGAAGAGGACUUUGGCCGGACAAAUGCUGUAAAACACCAAAUCCCGACCGGCUCUGCCCCACCUAGCCGGGAGAGGUUGCCUCAGCUGGUCAUGGCAAGAACGGACAAUGUCAGCGUGGAAGACGGGGAGACUUGGCGAGAGCGCCAGGCCAAGGACCCAGAGCUCGUACAGAUACGGCAGUGGAAGGAGCAAGGGACCACAUGCCCAGAGGCAAGAGGCGAAAGAUCUUUGGCAGACCUACCACGAAAAGAUGGGCCACCCAAACAACGACCGGACCGUGGCAGCCCUCAGGCAGCGCUGUUACUGGCCAAGAAUGACUGA